AGGAGGUCAUGUGACUCAUCUGCGCUCAGAUUUGUGUUCCCUCACAACUUGGCUCCGGGAUAUUCGUUCCUUUUUAGGAAAUCUUACAUGAUGGAGCCUGAAGACGAUUUGUUCGGGGGGAUUGUGAUGUCCGAGGAGAGGUACCACGGGGAAGGAUAUGAAGAAGGCUUUGCCGAAGGAAAUCACAUUGGUGAGACAGAAGGCAAACAGUACGGAGCCGUGUACGGGGCGAAAAUGGGAUCUGAGCUGGGUUGUUAUCUUGGAUUUGCUUCCACGUGGAGACUCCUCCUCUCGCCUAUCACAGAUGAAAAACAGAGCAAAAAAAUAAAGACCCUCGACUCCUUGAUAAAAAUGAUUGAGAGCUUUCCAUCAGAUGACCCAACUAAUGAGACGCUCCAGGAGGAACUCUCGAGGAUCCGGGGCAAAGUGAAGCAGGACGGUGACUGUGACGAGGGGACAUCCUCUGCGUCUGGAGGAAAGAAGGUGUGUUCUAUGCUGAACAUCCAGCCAGACUUCAGAAUAAACCAUGAAAACUCUGGACUCUCGUUCUGAUAUUGGCAGUGAAGACGGUGAAACGUCUAAUGGUGAGCGUUCUGCCGGUUGGGCUCUGGAGCCAUGCUGUGAUUGAGUUUGGCUUUGGAGUAGGAAAAACUCCAAAGAUCUAGUAUAGACCGAGGAGUGAAAAUGCUCAGUGUAUUUGCUGUGGGCUGAAAUCUCUCGCCCCCCACUUACCUGGCUGCUGCCGACAGGUUUUCCACCUGCUUUGAUUUUAAACGCCUCUGCCAACGCCUGCGCUCACCCAGUCGCCUCAAGCAGAAGUUCUCAUACAAGGGGGAAUCUGAAAAGAACGGUCAACCUCCUAGUUCUCAGGGACCACUGGGGGGGUAUCAUAAAUAUGACCAAGGCCUUAACUGUGAGUUUAACUUAAAUGCCAAAGGGCCAAGUCGGGCUGGAAUUCUUUUUACCCCACGUGUGACUGCUGCAUCCAGGAAAAGGAAGUUUUUGCAGGGUUUUUUUCUAACCACAUUCAAUAAAUGAUUCAUCUUUGAAA